GUGGGUCUCCCCUUCCCCUGCAACAUCUUCACCACCUACACGCUUCCCCUAAGUUAGUAGUGCCAGACCUAGGUUGCGUGUUGGUGCAUGAAUAGCUGCUGGUCGGCCUUUAUGCUGGUCUAAUCUAGGAGCAUCUUUCACAGCGGGAUCUGUCUACUUCGAGAGUCGAAGUCUCGAGCCACCUUAGGCCUGGAGCUUCUGCUCGCGGCCGUCCGCAAGAAUCGUUACCAUGGCGGAGAGCGCUCUUCUCUUGUCCUCCGCGUCGUCCCUCGCGUGCCAGCCACUCCUAUCCACCUUUCUCCUCUCCUUCUCCUCCGCCCAGCAUGUCGCCUUCCCCGUCGCGUCGCUCGCGCCGUUGGCCGACUUGUGCAUACGCUCCGGCCUCUCGCUCUCCACUGUCGCCACGGCCCUCGCCACCGACUCGCCCGCGACCAGCAGCAAGCCUCCCUCUCCGACUCCCGCCGACGCCAGCGCCGCCAGCCCGUCAUGUCACGCGUCCGCGCCAUGGACGCUUGCCGUUACGGUCGUUCCAGCGCCGCCGACGUUGCUACCGCGUGACGGGGACUCCAGCGGUGACUACUUGGGUCGUCGUGUUUCUCCUCUGUUCACUUCUCCCGCCUACCGGUCUCUGGAUCCGUCGUUUCAAUGUACAGCGACGGCGGAUGAUGCUUCGGAAAGACCUUUGCCGUCCUUGCCGAAUCCCGCGCACCUAACCCAGUGUUUGCCGCCGCACAUACGCAGUCGUGGCGUGGCCUACGGCUACGUCCAAACCCCGUUAUACUCGCAUCCUUUUAUAGGGAAGGCCCUUGUCGAAUCUCCUUAUUACGGUUCUAUCAUGUACAGGUCAUACUCGUUAUUGCCGAACCCGAUUUCUCAUCUCACCUCGGUUCCCGCGCCCAUCCAAGACGCCGUCGCACCGCCGCCUAGCAAGACUGACACAUGGCACGUCACCGUUCCUUCGACCUUCCGUUCGCGCAGCAUAGGGCGCAAGCGGGUGGGCGGGAGCGGCGGUUCCGGGUCAGAUGGAUGGGAUGGCGGAAUGGACGGCGCAGGCUUCUCCGGCGGCGAUCCCUGGUCCUUCGACGGCUCGGAUUUCCCCUACGGCGGUAGCGGGGACGGAUUCGGCGGAGGCUGGGGAAACAGCGGCGGUGGCGGUGGCGGCGGCGGCGGCAGCUGGAGCGGCGGAGGCGGCGGCUUCUCUGGGGGCGAUCCCGGUGCUGGUGGCGCUGGUGGGGAGGGCGGCGGCGGCGAGGACGACCCGUGGUGGCGGGAGUGGGAGCAGGGGGGCGACGGAUGGCGGGACGCCGACUUUUGGUUGUGGCUGCAGUCGGAUAGAUUUUCCGUACCGCGUGUCGCUAGGCCGACGAGCGUGUGGUCGAUCGCGCACAUGUGGGCGUGGCAGUUCUCGCGCGACUGGGCGGUGCGGGCAUGGGGCGUGCGGCGCGGCGCGUCGCUGCUGUACCGCAUCGCCUGCUGGAUCUCCCUCUCCCGCUGCUUCUGCCAUGCGCUCGGCACCGCGCUCGCCGCUUCCGCCUCCGCGCCUCCCGCGCUGCGCCGCGCGGCCGCGUCGGUCCUCGUCGCGACCCCGCAGGCGGAGCCGCCAGCUCUAUCAGAGGCGGCAGCGGAGGUGGCACAGAAGCGGCGGUCGAGCGCGGUGGCGACGGCGGUGGAGGGCGCGUGGCGCGGAUCGCUGGCUCAGAGCUGCUACUUCUCGGGGUCGCUCGUCCUGGCGCUCAACGCCGCCAGCGCGAGGUGGGGGGCCGAAAAAGGGGAGGGGGAAGUGGGCGAGUGGUAAUAGUGGGGUUGUGAAAUUGAAUGGCAACGGCGGUGGUGGGGGGGAUCAAUUGGAAACAGGUAGAGGGACCUACGAAAAGACUAGGUGGGGACGAAUGGAAGGAAAUAGGGAAGAGGAACGUACAUAGCUCACAUACGCUGAGGCUCACCUGCCUGGGAUUCGAGCGCCUUAUUCGGGUUUAAGGGAGAGCCGUGGGCAGCCGAGUUGAUGAAGAGAUGGGUGCACAGAAGAACAGUACACAGACGGAUCAAACGAUCCCCACAGCUUCUCCCGUACAAAUACUAUACAGCUCUCCUCUCACCACCAUUUCAUAUACAGCUCACCCACCCACCGUCAUGCCUGGUUUAUCCCCGCAUGCUUAUAUCGACAUGCAGCACCGCCACAUGCCACAGCCCGCCAUGCAAGCCUGCCGCUGCUGUCUAGCUUCCCUGCCCUUGGCCGCCAUACCCUUCCUGUGUCGAGAGGCCAUCCCCUCCCAUCCCCCUCGCCCUCCCUCCCCCCUCGCCCUCGUGCACCCAUCGCACCUUGCACCUGGUCUCGCGUCCCCCCAUGUCCUGGCUCCCUGCCCUCACUCGCCGUGUCCAUCGGUCAAGAUGCCGCCCGCUUUGGGCGUCUGCCCUUCUGGGGUUUAGCAGCACGGCUUGGGGAAUGCUCGGAGAGGACGGGAUGAGCCCGGGGAGGGGGGGGGGAGGUGGAGGGAUGAACGCAGAUUACGUGGCGGGAGAAUGGUAACACAGGUGAAUCUCCUGAGGAGGCAGUGUAUCAUGUGUGGUAUGGCAUGAUCAUAUCGCAUGGUGGUGGUAGGUAUCGUGUGGAGGGCUUGUGUGUGUGUAGAUAGAGCAAUGUGGCAGUAUUCGUGUGUUGAACCUGAAGGAAUUUGUGUUUAUGUCAUUCUGUAAAUAUGUGAGCUAUGGAGUGUAUCUUUUUGCUGAUA